AGACUGUCGAGAAGGCAUUUCAUCUUCUUUGUCUUUAAUAGCCAGCGUCUUUUUCCGAAUUUUCAUGCUGCAAGCCUCAGAUUCCCGCAAUCGCCAUGGCCAACCCCUCCAUCUCUGCCCUGGGAUUCUGCCAGCGCAAGUUCGACUACCUGAUCGUCGGCGGCGGCACGGCUGGUCUCGUUGUUGCCGCACGCCUGACCGAGCAUCCCGACAUCACGGUUGGUGUCUUGGAAGCGGGACCUGCAGUCUUCGAUGAUCCUAUCAUCAACGUCCCCGGCCGUUUCGGAGAAAGCCUGGGCACAGGAUACGACUGGCAAUUUGAGACAACGCCACAGCCAGGCCUGAAUGGUCGGCGCAUUCCCUGGAACCGAGGUCGGGUCCUCGGCGGAACGAGCGCACUGAACUUCAUGACCUGGAACAGAGGCAACCGGCAGGACUUUGAUGCAUGGGAAGAGCUGGGGAACAAGGGCUGGGGCUGGGACAGCCUUCUCCCGUUCUUCAAGAAAACGGAGACCUUCGACGAGCCGUCUGCAGAGCAUCAAUCUCUUCACCAUACCCAGUUCGAGAGCGAGUACCAUGGCAGCAAUGGCCCCAUCCGGACUGUCCACUCCAAGGAGUACUCCGUGCCUCAUCAAUACUGGCACGAAACUUUGGAACGUCUCAGCACUAAAACCAACACGAGCCAUUUCUCGGGAUCUAACCUCGGGGCCUUCACCACCCUAACCUCCGUAGACCCAAACACAAGAACAAGGUGCUCUUCGGCGACUGCAUACUACCUACCCAACUCAGCAAGGAAAAACCUUGUUUUGCUUACCGAGGCCACUGUCCAAGAAAUAAACAUCGAAAAAGACGGCCGAGACGAAUGGGUUGCCAAAGGCGUCAAAUUCACGCACGCCGGCGAGGUGUAUGCCGCAAAUGCAGGCUGCGAAGUGAUACUCUGUGCAGGCAGCGUGCAGUCACCACAGUUGCUAGAGGUGUCAGGCGUGGGCAACCCUUCCGUCCUCGCGGCGGCUGGUAUUCCCCUAAAAGUCUGCAAUCCGAACGUGGGGGAGAACCUCCAGGACCACAUGAUGACUGCGAUGGUCUUCGAGAUUGACCGUAGCAUCAUCGGUCCCGAUGAGUUACGAGCCGAUCCGACGCUGGCUGCGGCUGCUGAUCUUACUUAUGAAACUUCGCAGUCUGGCGUUCGUGCAAUGCUGCCAUGUGCACUCAGCUACAUUCCAGUCUCACAGGUCCUAUCUUCCGCAUCGAUCGCGGAACUAGCGCGAAGGGUAUCAACGCCGAGGAGCAGCCUGCGAGAUCGAGUCCUAGCCAAGCAGUUCGCUCCAGGCGUGGUUCGCGGCCAGGUAGAAUAUCUGUUCGAUGUCGGAAACUGGAGCUCAUAUUUCAAGUCAGAGCCUGGGAAGGUCUACGGCACGAUGUUAAUGAUGCUCCAACUUCCCUUCAGCCAGGGCUCGGUCCAUAUUCCGCCAAGGUCUGCUGCAGGACCGCCCACGAUGCAAACAAAGCCGGUCAUUGACCCUCAGUAUUAUGGAGGAGAUGGCGGCAGGGUCGACUUUGAAGUCAUGACGACAGCGCAAAAGUUCGCCGCCAAGAUCUGCUCCACUGCGCCGCUCUCCAACGUCAUAAGGUCUCGCGUGUUUCCACCUCAGCAGGGCCCUGCAGCAGAUGAUGAGGACUUCACUGACUUUGUGAGAAACUACACCGCUUCUGACUGGCACCCUGUUGGCUCGUGUGGGAUGGGCGGCUUGGCUGGCAUCACAGCCGGAGUAGUUGACGACAGGUUGCGAGUGUAUGGAGUUCGUGGCCUGAGAGUUGUCGACGCAAGCAUAAUGCCCCUGCAGAUCUGCGCGCACAUCCAAGCGACUAUUUACGCGAUUGGGGAAAAGGGCUCGGCUAUGAUCUUGGAAGAUCGAGGGGUUGGGGGAUGAGCAAUGCGACCAGGCUCCGUAGUGAGGAUCCGGACGCGUCGAGGAUCCGAAGGUGGCAUCAAGAUAGGACAAUGGUUGUUGAAGAUUGCCUGUCCGCAGGGCUCCACUUUGGCUCCGUAAUACCGCCUAGACACAAAUAUGAUUGCGCACACGCUAUCCCGCGGCCUUUCCGCUAACUAUCCGCAGCUAUCUAUCGGGAAGGUCGUAUUCUGUG